AUGUCCGAUCGCAUCUCUUCGGCUCCAUUCCGGACAGGACCCCCUUCGCCGUCACCGUCGUCACCCGCUCCAUUCACCUCUCUCAAAGAGAACACAUACUCGACGAUUCCUCCCGAGCAAAUCCCACAGACGCCGACAUCGCCUCCGUUGAUGUCGGUAAGCGCUACAAACGAUGCCUCCAAUCUCGCAAACUUGCAAGCAUCUAGCCAGGCGACGUCGCAAACUGCCAGUCUCUCCUCUCCACCUUCCACAGCGCCCAUGACUACACAAAAUUCUCAGCAGCCGACAGCAGGUGCAACAAACUCAUUUCCUACACCGGCCAGUAGUGUUGGCCCCGACCACAUGAAUAAGUCGUUUGGGACAGACUUCUCAGAAACAGGAGCGUCUAACACGACAGGCGCAAGUGCCGUACCAACUCAGCAAUCGGAACACAGACGCACGGAUCACAAUCGAGAUUCCAAAUCCGCUCGAGCAAGACAAGCAGUGAAGGAUUCCCAACAGUUGGGCGAAUCUGGUCAUGCUCCGCAUGGCAGCGCCAUGGAUCUAGAUACAGAAAGACCAGCGCAAACUAACGCCAAUUGGCUCAGCUUAGACUCUUUGCAGAAAGACUUCUCGUCAGCUUUCCAUCUUUGCAAAAGCUCCCAUAUUGCGACUGGACCGGACCCAUCAGUCGACCUCAUUUCGCUGUAUGGUUUAGGCCCUGUAGCAAAGUCGGUUGCAAGGAAUGAUCCUGUCACUGGCGAAAAGAUCAAUCGUCUUCGAAAGUCAUACGAGGGCAAGUUGAAAGGAUUAGGGCUUGCUGGAAGGAACAAAGCGGUCAAACAUGAUCCCGCGACGCCUGGUGGACUCAGGCAGAUGACAAUGUGGCCAGAAGAAGAGUGGCAAAAUCAGAAGGUUUUCGGAAAGGAGAUAAAGGUGGCUGAUAUGGAUUCGGCGCUGUACAAUCUGCAGAUGAAGGCUAUGAAAAUGGAACCGGGUACGGUACCAAAUAACGAUUACUGGGAAGACGUGCUAGGACACGACAAGCCGACGAAGAAUGCAAACGCGGGAGAAGGCGCCAAAAAGACGCAUCCUUCUGCAAGCGCUCCGCGGGCUGUUAGCCAGCCGAACGGGACGCCGGUGCCAGCGGAACCCGAGCGCAGCCGCCCAAGUCGAGGCCGCAAGAGACAUUAUGAUGAUAAUAGCUUCGUGGGUUACGGUGAGGGUUAUGCGGAUGACGAUGAUGAUGCUGCGAUCUAUUCGAAUGGCGAAGGGGGAGGGAAGAAAAAGCGGAAGAAGGACCACGUCCCAAGGAUUCCGGCUCCCUCAGACAGAGGUGGAAGUUAUGGAGUCGGUAUGUUUGGCAUUGGUGCGAGGUGACGGCACACAAAUUUGCAGGCAAAAAGCACACUUCUACCUAUUUUUAUGUUUUCCUUCUACUAUGCUCCAUGCAUAGCUAUGUUACAGACCCACUGAAGAGGCUCAACACGCUUUUGAGCCCGGUGGAAGGACAUGAUUUUCAGCUCGACGACAUUGUUGGUUGUCGGCUUAUUCUCAGUACAUUUUUUGCAUCACGGUGCUGGAUAUACCCGGCUUACUUGAUCGGACGGCGUUUGGGGGUUUUAAAUCUUACGGAAAGGUCUCUUUUGGCUUCUUUGCCUAUCCGAAUGGCGGAAACAUCAGAUGCUGUAGUGCUUUCCCUUUCGCCUUGUGUUAAUGGU